AUGAAAUUCGCAGACCUCUAUUUCCGAUGUCCGGAAAUCCUGUCCGACCUUGAUGCUAUAUUGGGACGUGGAGCCUUCAUUCACUUUGGAUUCCGUUAUGUGAAUGGAGAAACUGGAUACGAAUUGGACAAGCGACAUGCGAUGUGUACCAUGAUUCCGGUGCGCAGCAACAUAAACAACACCGCCAUAGAACUUUUUGUAUCGACGGAACUAAGAAGUAAUUGGCAUCCGAUCCUGUGUUGGUUGGAGUGUUGUGAAUACAAUGGAAGCAAGUUAAUCUUCGAUUUGGGAAAGCCGGACGCCCUAAAACGGAACGACGAUGGAGAUGAGGAUGAUGAUAUGCCACUUAUGGAAAGCGAUCAGAACGAUCGAACCUUAUGUCAUCCAUCCCGCAACCUCGACAAUUUACAUUAUCUUCACUGA